AGCUAAAGAACUCCUGAGGAUCAGGAUCAGUGGUUGCUGAGAUGGGCCAUCGGUGCUGUGGCAAACAUAAGGUGAAGAGAGGUCUUUGGUCGCCGGAAGAAGACGACAAGCUCAUCAAACAUGUCACCACCCACGGCCAUGGAAGUUGGAGUUCUGUCCCUAAAAACGCAGGAUUGGAGAGGUGUGGAAAGAGUUGCAGGUUGAGAUGGAUAAACUAUUUGAGACCAGAACUCAAGAGAGGCUCCUUUACUUCUGAAGAAGAACAGAUCAUUAUUGAUGUCCACAGAAUAUUAGGCAACAGAUGGGCUCAGAUAGCAAAGCAUCUACCGGGAAGGACAGACAAUGAAGUGAAGAAUUUCUGGAACUCUUGCAUUAAGAAGAAGCUCAUGUCACAAGGUUUGGACCCGCAGACCCAUAACUUGAUCUCUUCUCAUAAAAGGUCAGUAGCUUCUAAUAAGACUGCAGGCAGCAACGCCAAAACACAAUCCCAUAUCGAUCAAGAGAGACCAGUUUUCACAGUGAACAAUAUGUCACAGAAGACAGAUUCUUCCACGGAAAUGAACUACUCAAUGUCAACACCUAUUGUACCAUUGUUGAAUGCUCAACCUCCCACUGUUCAAUCCAUGAUGGCUUCACCCACUAAUAAUAAUCACUAUCUUGUUCAAAACCCUAAUUCCGGUUGGAAUAAUGUUUCCGAUAUCCCAACCUUUCCGGACAGCACACUCAACAUGUCCUCUGCAUCGUCUUCCUCGAUGUUCGGUCACAUGGAUGAUAGUAAUUGCAUCUGGGCAGCUGGUGCUGAGGCCUAUGUACCAGCACCGGGAGCAAUGGAGGUGCAGGGAGAACAGUCAAAGGGACAAGUAGUACAAGUGCAUCAAGAAAAAGAAAAGCUCUUGGAGAUGGAAAUGGAGGCUAUGCAGGACAUGGAAAUUGCUGCUUCCUUUGAUCAGUGUUCAAGCUUUGACUAUAGCCUUGUGGAGUAUUACUCUACAAUGAUGUCUGGAGUCGCGCCUCAUGAUCAUGUCAACUACUCUGCCGCUGAUUUUACAUGGAACUUUUAGACUCGCUAUUAUGUGCAUGUAUAUAAAUGUAACCAAGGCGCGGCUUUCCUAUUUUAGGUUGCCGGUUUGAUAAUCAUGACUUGAUUUUUUUGG